AUGUCUCUCUAUACCCAACCAUCACCAUCUAUACCCAACCAUCACCAUCUAUACCCAACCAUCUCCAUCCAUACCCAACCAUCACCAUCUAUAUCCAACCAUCACCAUCUAUACCCAACCAUCACCAUCCAUACCCAACCAUCACCAUCCAUACCCAACCAUCACCAUCUCAGCGCCAGGAAUACGGCUCUCUAUACCCAACCAUCACCAUCUAUACCCAACCAUCACCAUCUAUACCCAACCAUCUCCAUCCAUACCCAACCAUCACCAUCUAUAUCCAACCAUCACCAUCUAUACCCAACCAUCACCAUCCAUACCCAACCAUCACCAUCCAUACCCAACCAUCACCAUCCAUACCCAACCAUCACCAUCUCAGCCAGGAAUACGGCUCUCUAUACCCAACCAUCACCAUCCAUACCCAACCAUCACCAUCCAUACCCAACCAUCACCAUCUAUACCCAACCAUCAUCAUCUCAGCCAAGAAUAUGGCUCUCUAUACCCAACCAUCACCAUCUAUACCCAACCAUCACCAUCCAUACCGAACCAUCACCAUCCAUACCCAACCAUCACCAUCCAUACCCAACCAUCACCAUCCAUACCCAACCAUCACCAUCUCAGCCAAGAAUAUGGCUCGCGUUACCCAACUAUCACCAUCUUUACCCAACCAACACCAUCCAUACCCAACCAACACCAUCCAUACCCAACCAUCAUCAUCCAUACCCAACCAUUAUCAUCCAUACCCAACCAUCAUCAUCCAUACCCAACCAUCACCAUCCAUACCCAACCAUCACCAUCCAUACCCAACCAUCACCAUCCAUACCCAACCAUCACCAUGAAUAUCCAACCAUCACCAUCUUAGCCAGGAAUACGGCUCUCUAUACCCAACUACCACCAACUAUACCCAACCAUCACCAUCUAUACCCAACCAUCACCAUCUAUACCCAGCCAUCACCAUCUAUACCCAGCCAUCCAUACCCAACCAUCAUCAUCUAUACCCAACCAUCACCAUCCAUACCCAGCCAUCACCAUCUAUACCCAGCCAUCACCAUCUCAGCCAAGAAUAUGGCUCUCUAUACCCAACCAUCACCAUCCAUACCCAACCAUCAGCAUCCAUACUCAACCAUCACCAUCUCAGCCAAGAAUAUGGCUCUCUAUACCCAACCAUCACCAUCCAUACCCAACCAUCACCAUCUAUACCCAACCAUCAGCAUCUCAGCCAAGAAUUUGGCUCUCUAUACCCAACCAUCACCAUCUAUACCCAACCAUCACCAUCUCAGCCAAGAAUAUGUCUCUCUAUACCCAACCAUCACCAUCCAUACCCAACCAUCACCAUCUCAGCCAAGAAUAUGGCUCUCUAUACCCAACCAUCACCAUCUCAGCCAGGAAUACGGCUCUCUAUACCCAACUGUCACCAUCCAUACCCAACCAUCACCAUCUCCGCCAGGAAUACAGCUAUCUAUACCCAGCCAUCACCAUGUUAGCCAGAAAGUGAAGACUACCAUUACCCUGUUCCUGAAGACUACCAUUACCCUGUUCCUGAAGAGUGAAGACUACCAUUACCCUGUUCCUGAAGACUACCAUUACCCUGUUCCUGAAGAAGUGAAGACUACCCUGUUCCUGAAGACUACCAUUACCCUGUUCCUGAAGAGUGAAGACUACCAUUACCCUGUUCCUGAAGACUACCGUUACCCUGUUCCUGAAGACUACCGUUACCCUGUUCCUGAAGACUACCGUUACCCUGUUCCUGAAGACUACCGUUACCCUGUUCCUGAAGAGUGA